AUGGCGACCCGGACCCAACAAUCAGCGACAUCACUAUCUCGCUUUGCCAAGCAUCCUUUGCCUCCAGACGUAGACAUCUACAACGGCAGUCACUCGCGUGAAUACUGCAACUCCUUCUGGGGACCCGGAGAUGAUGGUCCAACUAUUCUAUUUACGCGUAUGCGAGGGGCCUCGAAGACGACGGACGAAUUGAUCAGCUUUUGGAACGAAAGGGCUGUUAUAGAGGAGGAAUACUCUCAUCGGCUCGCAAAACUUGCAAAGCUAUCAAUUGGUUCUGAUGAGAUUGGCGAACUGAGAAACUCCCUCGACACCCUCCGCAUUGAGACGGAAAGAAUGGCUCAAAGCCAUCUGGAACUCGCACACAAGAUCCGCAGCGAUCACGAAGCUCGGACUGCUCAAUUUCACGACACGCAGGUGGAACAUCGGCGGACACGACAGGCGGCCCUCGAGAAGAAGUUCAAGCAAAAGCAGACGCAAGAGGCGUACGUACAGAAAGCACGCGAGAAAUACGAGGCGGAUUGUGUACGGAUAAAUUCAUAUUCCCAGCAGGCUACCUUCAUGACAGGCAAGGAUCUCGAACGAAUUAAUAUGAAGCUCACACGGGCUCGACAAACGGUGCAGGCUAACGAGAAGGACUUGGCUAAUUUUACCAAAGGAUUGUUGGAUCUGAUACCCGAAUGGGAGGGCGAGUGGAAGGCGUUUUGCGAUUCGUGCCAGGAUUUGGAGGAGGAACGGAUAGACAUCAUGAAAGAUGUGAUAUGGGUGUACGCAAAUGAUGUCUCCACCAUAUGUGUUACUGAUGAUCUGUCGUGUGAGCGUGUGCGCACUGCGCUCGAUCAGCUAGACCCUGAAAAAGACGUUGAGAACUUCGUCCAUGAGCAUGGAACGGGCAAUUCCAUACCCCAACCCCCCGCAUUUGUCCCGUAUGCCGGCCAACAGAACCCAGCGCUUCCCGAAACACAGAGCUUCCGAUUAGCAGAGUUCCAACGGAUUAUAGCACGACCACCGCUCAUGUACCCAGGGGACCCACAGGCCGUACCCGCCCCCAGCCGCCAAAACUCCAUCGACGACACGCCCGCACCAAUUCACCAUCCGCCGGCCAAUGGUGAUAACCAUUCUCCUCAUUCAAUCACACACGACGCCACCAGUCACGCCCCGAACGGUAUACAACGUACGCACACGCCCAAUCGCUCCCACCAACAGCCACCCCCUCGUACGAAUCCACCCACCAACCCCCCUCCACCCCUGCCUGAAGUGCACCAGCAGCCAACGGCUUCUAGCAGCCGUCGAUCACCCUCACCACGGCGGCCGAAUCGUGUUUCCCAACCCUUGCCUGUCUUGCCAGUUGGGGGAGGCCUCGGGGAAGGUAGAGCGCAAACGCCACCACCACUGCUUCCGACGCAGAGCAGUAAGGUUCUAUUUUAUGGUAGGUUAAAAGCGCUUUAUGAAUACACAGCCACGAUUGAAGAAGAGUUUGAUUUCCAGGCUGGUGACGUUAUUGCGGUGACUGCCACUCCUGAUGAUGGGUGGUGGAGUGGCGAGUUGUUGGAUGAGGCUAGGCGGGUGGAAGGAAGGAAUGUCUUCCCUAGCAACUUUGUGUGCUUAUUCUAG